UUCAUGUUCACAUUUUGUUUUUGUCGGAAAUCGGAAAGUUCAGCGGGUGCUUAAGCUCGGGCAGCAGUUUUCUCGCAGCAAAAUGAGACUAUCGUGUUUUUAAUGAUAGAAGAUCAACGCGAUAUAUAAAUUCAAGUUUCUUCAGUUUUGUGAAUAAAAACAGACGGUAUUUUGGUGCCUUCUUAAUUAACAUUAUCAGGAAUAACUUUGAGAUAUAGCAGGCAACCUAAAAGUGAUUGUUCCUAUUACAUUUUUUAACUUUAUUGUGCGACCCACCCCCGAUAAUAAGAAUACUCCUUGACCAGUGAUUCGUGUUGCAAUUUGUGAAUCCCUUUAAGACUUUUAUAGUAAACAUGUAAUACAGUAAUGGCAGGACUCAAUUGUCCUCAACCACCAGCGGCCAAAGACCUGCAAUCCAAAGUAUCUUGAAGUGGACCAUCGUCGGUUUCGGUGCAACAUGGAUCACAGCGUUAAGGCGAUGACGUCACCGCGGGUUCUGGCACGUGCCAUUAACCCGCACCGCUUUGAGAACGACGAACUGGAGCAGCUCUAUCAGCGCUACAUUUGCAAGCUCCAACACUCCAGUGUUGCCGCUGUGGUUGCCCUGUUUGUGCUGCUUACGUUUGUGUUGGCCAACUUAGGAUUGGUCUAUUCUCAAGCAGCCAACACCCAAAACGUCUACCACGCCGCUCACUGCAUCCUUUUCGCUCUUCUUCUGGGAUUCCUGCAUACGAGGUUCAUGCAGGAUGCUUAUUUGCUAUGGGUUUGCUACGUGGUGCUCUUCUUCUUAGCAACUUUUUGUGCACUGGCCUUACCACUCUAUCCGAGUUCUAUUGCUACUAAAGUUGCUGCAGAAGGGACCUGGCAGGUCGUAUUUGUAAGUUUCUUGGCUUACGCUAUGAUGCCAUUAAAAUCGUGGGUAACCGGAGUCUUUGGAUUUUUACUUUGCUCGGCGCACCUAGCAGUUUCAUCGAUUUUUUCCACUGAUUUUCCUCAUUUACGAUGGCAACAGUUGACGGCGAACGUUGUGGUAUUUUUUUGCGUUAAUAUCGUCGGUAUUUUCAUGCAUAAUCUCAUGGAACAUGCACAGCGGAAAGCUUUUUUGGAUACUAGAAAUUGCAUCGCGGCUCGACUGGAAAUGGAAGACGAAAAUGAAAAACUGGAACGUCUGCUUUUGUCAGUUCUUCCCCAACAUGUGGCCAUGGAAAUGAAAAACGAUAUUAUCUCACCCGUCGAAGGACAAUUUCACAAGAUUUAUAUCCAAAAACAUGAAAAUGUCAGCAUCCUAUUUGCGGAUAUCGUCGGUUUCACUGUGCUGGCAUCACAGUGCACUGCACAAGAACUGGUUCGCCUUUUGAACGAGCUUUUUGGGCGAUUCGAUCAGCUGGCUAAUGAUAACCAUUGUUUGCGGAUUAAGAUCCUUGGCGACUGCUACUACUGCGUCUCUGGACUUCCCGAGCCACGCUCGGACCACGCUCACUGUACGGUCGAAAUGGGUCUGGACAUGAUUGACGCAAUCGCGAGCGUGGUCGAGGCGACUGACGUCCAACUGAACAUGCGCGUUGGCAUUCAUUCCGGGAGGGUUCUUUGUGGAGUCCUGGGACUCCGCAAGUGGCAGUAUGAUGUUUGGUCGAAUGACGUAACACUGGCUAAUAAUAUGGAGGCUGGUGGAGAGCCUGGGAGAGUGCAUAUUACUCAAGCCACCCUGGAUUACCUAGGGGGUGAAUAUGAAGUAGAAUCCGGUAAUGGUGCUUCUAGAAAUCAAUAUCUACGGGAUCACUGCGUUAACACGUAUUUUAUAGUACCACCUGCUAGAAGAAGAAAGCCACUGUUGUUCAACACACUCCAGGUACGGUCUGCUCUCGGUGCUGCUCAGCGCAGGAAGCUGAGCUUCAAGAACGUCAGCAAUGUUGUGGUGCAGCUGCUUCACUCGAUCAAGUACUCCAUGGAGGUACCGUUCAGCAACAUGGCCCUGCAACCGGACAUCAAGGCUACCAGUACUAGGAAGGUAGCUGACCUGCAGAGGGUGCUGCACAGAGACCCUUCAGGGGAAACCGCACAAGAUGCUCAAUCUAAUAGGAAUGUGCUAGAACUGCAAAGGGUGCUCCACGCAGAAAUAUCACCCUCUCAAGAGCAAAUUAGAACCACCCCUCGACCCUCGGGAAGCCAUAAUAAAGUCACCGAGAAGUUUAAAAGGCCUUUUAAAAAACGACAUUCCAGCGUUUAUCAUCAACCUUCGAAUAGAGUAAACAAAUAUUUGGCACAAGCGAUUGACGCGAGGAGCGUCGAUAGAGAAAAAUCGACUCACGUCAGUCUAUUUACUCUGUGUUUUAAAGAUCGAAAUAAGGAAAAUCAGUACCAUGACGACUUAGACGUUGGGUAUAGUUCAACCUUAGCAUGCGCGUUGAUGCUGCUACUCCUUUUGGGAACAUUACAAGCAAUAAUCCUACCAAGGACCGUAAUUUUACUACUGCUCUUUCUGGUUGCCUUCAUAUGGAUAUCUGCCUUACUCAUUUUAUUACUCGCCGUCCGCCUCGGCUGGAUAUUGUGGGAUAUUUCUCAUAGUUUUGUUCUUAGACUGGCUAUAACAGUCUUCACCAUUGUACUUAUAUACACCAUGGCGCAAGUGAAUGUGUUUACUUGUGUGACGGAUGAACCCUGUGUGCCACAUAACACGUUCAAUGUCACUCUGGACACCGGAUCUUCAUUAGAGAAGGACCAUCGAGCUUGUCCGUUGCCACAAUACAUUGUUCUCUCUUGCGUCUUGGGAUAUUUGGCUGUUGCGAUAUUUUUGAGACUGCCUAUUUUACUUAAAUCUUCGUUGUUAGUGAUAAUGACCACUGUGUACAUACUCCUUAUUGAGCUGUCACAUGUUGAUUUGUUUAAUUGUUAUGAUAUUAGGGCGAACUCUGUGAUACCGUCACAUGUACUUAGCGUGGUCGAGGUACUUAUGUUCGUACUUGCGGUGCUCCUCCAUGGUAGGCAAGUGGAAUGGACCGCCCGCUUAGAUUUUCUGUGGCAAGUCCAGGCCAACGAGGAAAAAAGGGAGAUGGACGCCCUGCAACACUCAAACAAACGGAUAUUAUUUAACCUUCUACCUGCUCAUGUUGCAACUCAUUUUUUGGACAACCAGUUCCGUAACAAUAUGAAUACUCUAUCACAGGAAUUGUACCACCAGAGCUACUCCAGAGUCGGUGUCGUUUUCGCUUCCAUUACUAACUACCAUGAGUUUUACACCGAGUUGGAUGGUAACAAUCAAGGAGUGGAAUGUUUGAGGCUCUUAAAUGAAAUUAUUGCUGAUUUUGAUGAUUUAUUGAGCGAGGAGAGAUUUAAAGCUAUUGAUAAAAUCAAGACUGUCGGAUCGACCUAUAUGGCAGCAGUCGGAUUGAUGCCGGAUCUAAGGAUCUUGGAUGAUGAUGAGAGUACUGCGGCACUCCAUUUGGGUACCUUGGUAGAAUUCGUCUUUGCUAUGAGGGAAAGACUACUAAAUAUUAAUGAGAACUCUUAUAAUAAUUUUAUGUUAAGAGUAGGUAUUAAUUUGGGUCCAGUAGUUGCGGGAGUUAUAGGAGCUCGAAAACCUCAAUACGAUAUAUGGGGUAAUACAGUCAAUGUUGCCAGUCGAAUGGACUCGACUGGGUUACCCAACCACACUCAGGUCACUGAAGAAGUUUACCAAGUUCUCAGGAAUCACCCUUACGAGUUCCAGUGCCGAGGAAAAGUCAAGGUGAAAGGAAAAGGUGAUAUGACCACCUACUUUCUUAUUGAUCGAAAACAACCUGGGACCUUAAGAGUCGAAGAGUUAAGCAACAUCCGAGCUGGCCAGAACAAUGUUAACAAUAUAAACAUGUAUGGAGGUGUAGCAACACCAUUAGCUUUAGUCCAUGGGGAUAAUUCCAGGCCAAAACACAUGCAGCUUCAUAAUCGGCAAACUUCAAGGGAAGAAAGUUAUAGAAACGUUAUGCGGUUACCGCCGUUACGUGAAACGAACCAUAGGGACCACGGUUUAAACGGAUGCGAAAAUGAACCGCUGCUACCCGCUCCGAUUGUACCAAAAUCUAAUGGAAGAAAUGGAAGCAAAAAGAAUGGGGAAGAUAGUCUGCCUCCACCCCCGCUUCCACCACAUAAAGGUCCUACGUUUCAGCCAAAUAAUUCUAGACCUGUGGCGGAUAUGAGGUAUAAUCCACCAUGGCCAAGAGCACAGCAGCCAUUCGUAUCGAUCAAUCCAGUUUCAGUAAACAUGAUUAAACCAUAUCUUAAGCCCCUCCCCAAACCCCCUGGCAAAGAAUCACCUAACCGACAUCAUAGGAAACUCCAUAACCCAUCUGCACCCUCUGAACAUGCUAGUAGUCCCAUAAUGCCACGACAAAACGUCAUAAUGAACGUCAUACCACAACGUGCCACUCCUGAAAGAACUCCCCCGGAAUUGCUUAGAAAUAAAAUUCAACAUAAAAGUCCUCAUCAUAAAAAACACAGUCCGUUGCAGAGACAUUACUCUGAUGAAAGCCUCGGAGGUUUAUACAACGGACCUGGAGCACAUCAGAGAAUACACUCUUCUGCAGAUGAAAUUAGUUCAUUAAAUCACUCGCCCAGUAUCAGUAGUUCUGAUGAGAGCUACAGUAGAACUACAGAUGCUGAUGCUUCUCCUUGCGUGAGUCCUCCUUUACCAACAGACGCCCAGCAGUUCCUAUAUCCUUCAGAUAUACAAGUUAAUCCUCUGUCCUCCCCCGAAGUAUCCCCAAGAGCUUCCUUAGAUUACAUCCCUCCGAGUUGCUCUUUAAGAAACAAUUCCGCCGAUAGAAACGCUAAAAGGAAUUAUUUGCCUCCUAGUGCGGUUCUUGCUAUCGCUAACACCUGCAACACAGUAGACUCUAUGAGCAUUACUAGUCCGCCCUGCUUGGAUGGUGAAGAAAGUUAUAAGGGGGAGAGUUGUGCUAGUUUUGAGUUUGUUAACAAAAAGAAAACUCCUUCUUUACUUAGGGCAACUAGUGCAAACGGGGCAAGCGCAGGAAGCAAACAACUGUUCAAACAACGGAGCUUAGAUAACAAAAGAAUAAGGAAUGAUAGUGACUCCAUAUGGGUAGAUAGUAAUAAAGCAAGUUGUAAACGGUCGCCGAGCUUUAAGGAAAUGGAAGAGGUCAGAGAACUGCUAAAAGAAGAUGACAAUAGAGCUACCAUUAAUAGUGAUAAAAGUAGUAAAAGAGAUGGAAGCUGUCAAACGGAUAAAAAAGACUUGAGAAAGAUGAGAGCUUCGCCGCUGGGUUUUAGGGAUAAUAAGAUAUCGCCCAGCAUAAAGGUUACCAAUUUGGAAAACUGUGAUAAUACUGUAGGACCAUUCGAGAGGGAGAUACAAAAGUUGAUAGACGAACAGAACCUAUUGCAAAACAUCCCGCCCAAGUUAGAGAACCAACAGAAUAAAGACUUCGCACUGGAGCCUUUAGUAAGGUACGCCCCGAACAAUAAUAACCACCAGGUGGGGCUAGCGGCUAUUCAGGCGCUAGCGCUAGGUUUGCGGGUGAAUCCCACUGGGAGUGUGACCCUACAGUGCAUGUCCCCUACCCGAGCAAGCAGCAAAGAAGGGUCGCUUAAGAGGGGCGCGUCCCCGCCCGGGACGUCUGAAUCAAAUAAACAACCAAAAGUGUCGCCUCUUGACAGGACUCCUAAGGCAAUGGAGGAACCGGAUGUAGACUGUGAUAUGGCUGAGAUUCCACCUCAAGACGAUACCGAUUUGGAAAGUUUUGAGCAGGAAGAAAAGAGACUGGAAGAAGAAGCAUCUCAGGAGGCUGAAGUCAAAAGACGAUUAGAAGAAAAGAUACUAGAAAAACUGGAUAAUGCUGACAGUUCGUCCCAAGGGCGAACCCAGCAAUUGUCUUCCACGGGUGGAGGAGCUGCUGAAGGAAGCGUUUCUGAAUGGUCUGAAGAUGAAGACGGGGGUGCUUCAGAGCCUUUAUUAAAUGAUAGAGAGAGUACGGGGUAUACCACCGACGACCCCGCGUUAGAAAAUAUUAGUAUGAUUAAUGAGGCUGGAUUAACCGAUGCGGAAGGAGCACUAAGCGACGUAAACUCUGCUUACAAUGAGCACAACCACGACGGCGACAUGGAUGACAAUACGAGCAUGUCCUCGCGUGCAUCCUCACGCAUCUUUGACUCAGAUGCGAUGAUGUCACUGGAUUCGCUGAGCGCCCUCUACGAUUCUGAGUACGAUAACUGUUAUCGGACCGACGACGAUUUAAGCGGCAUGCCGGACCUGGACAGAUUAAAUUAUUUUUCAGUGCCUGUAGUUAGCGACGUGCAUCUUGCCAAUAUCCGAUCAAUGAGCGAGAGCAUCACGAGGAAUUUCGGACAGCCUCGUAGUGAAACGGAUCCGGAUAGUGAUGUUUAAAUUAUAAUAUAAUAAUUUUGUUUAAAUGAUUACGGGUAGUUUUUAAUUAUUGUCGUCUUGUAUGAUAUUAACUUGAGCCAUUUGGCGAUCAUUUAUUUUACAUGCAGGGUGUCAAGUUGAAAAAUUCCCACCCCCAAUAUCUUUCUUGCACAUAUGAAUUUUAUUUAUAGAGGGGGCACUUCAAAUAAAUAUUUUUAGCCUUCCUGUUCAAAUGUCACCGUUAGAAUCUUAAAUGGGAAUUUAGGAUUGACGGAUCUCUCUUUUCAGUGGUAUCUUGCUUUUUGUCGAGAGGUUUUUUUAGUGUUCGCACAAAAACAGUGGGUCUCCUUAUAGCACAUAUGAUUAGAAAAGUGUCAAGGUUACACCAUUAAAAUCGUUAAAUAUCAGGCAGAAAAUCUAGUUUAAAUAAAUAAUUUUCAGUUAACAUAGGAUCUACUUACGCACUAUAUUAUGAGUUGUUGAAAACGUCCGAUUUCCAGUAAAGUCAGUUUUCGAACUUCUCCCUAAUAUUUUGAAAAACUUCACCGAAAUUUGACAUGCAUUCUGCUGCAAUUUGCUUUUUAAGAUUAGCAAUAUCAGCAAGUUGCGUAUUAUAAACAAAGGAUUUAAGAUGUUCCCAAAGUAUGAAGUCUAAGUGUGCUAAAUCCGGUGAUCUUGGAGGCCAUUUAAUCCUCUUCUGUCAGUUAAUCUAUCCUGAAUCUUUCGCGCAACCACUGUCUUUUUUUUUUGUUACACUAUCGGACCGGGGGAAAAUAAUGAGGUGAAUCACCGUCCUGCUAGAAUAUUAACAAAUCCUCCUGUAGAGCUAAAUUACACUCUGUUGAGUUUCUAGCUCACAAUUCCUUCAAGCAUGUUAAGGUAUGGAUCACCUGUCAAGCUUCCUUCAAUAAAUAAAGAAGUAGUAACGGCAUUUUCAAGAAUACCAGCCCAAACAUUAAUUUUGUAGGGAUAUUGUGUUUGUCCUUGAAAAAUAUGCGGAUUUUCGCCACUCCAAUAUCGACAAUUUUGUUUAUUAAUAUUUUUAUAAAAAAAAAAAUAUAUUCAUCGCUACAAUAGAUAUUCGGCAGAAUAUUAGAGAUGGCGUUGAUUUGACGACUCAAGAAAUGUCUUGAGAGUUUUUGAUGUAACUACGUUUUAUAUGAAUGAAUUUUCAGUGCCUUUUUUACUGUUUCAUGUAAUAUUCCUGUGUGUUCUGCUACUAUCCGCAAGGAGUUGGUGGGCUCUGCAGCAAAUAAUCCCAAAAUCUCAAUUUGAGUUUUUUUAUUUGUCACUUUUAUUUGUUUCUAUUACUCAACGAACCAGCUUUGGAAAACUUUGCCACUAAUCCAGCGCAUAUCGGUUUCCAACCAAUUUCGGGUCUUUCUUGAAGAGAAUAAACCAUUCUCAUACUUUAUGCACUUAAUAAAAGUUAUCAAAGUGAUGAUAUGAUUAUCCAUAUAACCCAUUGCAUGAGUUUUGGUGUAAGCACUAACGUGAAAACCAAAAUCUCAAUGUAGGCAAAUUAAGUUGUUUCUUUAUUUGCUGUUGUUGCGUUCCCUUUGAAACGCGAUCAUUCGGAAACCUCUAAAUAAAAAGCAACGUAGGAUACCACUAAAAAGAGAAUUGAAUGCCCUUUAAAACGUUGUGCCAAUUAAGCCCCAUUCCCAUUUAAGAUUCUAAUAGUGGAAAGUUUUCAAAUUGACACCCGAUACAUACGUGCCCAUUCAAUGGCAAUUUGGCUACAACUUAUAAUGUAUAAUACUUAGGCCCGUUAUAUGGCAUUUUGAAUCUCCUGUAGCGUCAUUAUCAGUAUUAGUUUUUUUUUGUGUAAUAUAUUCAACCUGUAAUUCAUAUCUACGCCAAUGGCUCUCGUUAUCACCAUACAUUGGUAAGGAAAUAUUGCCAAUUGUUUUAAAAAUUACCUGUACUUGUUCUUAUGCGUUUGACUUUUAUUCAGAAGCACUAGUCAUAGAGUUAAAUGCUUACAUAAUGUUACUUCUUACUCAUUUCAUUUUUCAUGAUUAUUUAUUUAUUCAUUAUACACAUAUUUCACAAUACUUUUAAACUCUGGGUGUUGUAUAUUUUUCUAAAAUAUCCCAUAAAAACAUGAAGAUUCUAAUAUAUCUUACCAUAUGACUAGUGGAUUCUGACUUCUGCAGUCAAAAGCCUUUUUCUAGUAGAUCCGGUACAUAGGUAUAAUUUAAAAUCCUGUAAUUUAUGUUUUGUAGAUAUUAUAUGAUAUUUAUUAAUCUUAA